CGGCUUGGUUUAAAACCUUGCAGGAUCCUUCUGUCAGGGCAGUCUGUAGGAAGGGCUGCAGGUAACUGGGUGCACGAGGACUCGCUAUCAUCACACAUUUACACACAAACAGACACACACCUGGUGGACCAGAGUGAUCGCAGUCGCUUCUUUGGAGUCCACCUCUGGAUCUGCAGAUAAAAAACCAACCACAGCAGGAUUUGAGGAGAUCCAGUCAUGGCUGAAAGGAGGAGAAGCAGCUUCUCUGGUGUGUGGAUAACUGCUCUGCUGGCUGUGAUGCUGCUGCCUGCGUUCCUGUCUGCCGGGCCAAUUGUGAAAAAGUCCAAAGGAGAUGCAGGGGAAAGUAUCCAGGAGAGGUCGGCUGAUGCAGCGUUACACAGGAGGCUGAUCCGCAACCGCAGGAACAUCAGCUGGUACAAGCAGCACUCCGACUUCUGGAGCUGGUACAAGUUCUUCACUGACAACGGCAACCAGGAGGCAGUCCAGGAGAUGGAUCGCAUCUACCUGGCCUACCUCCAGAACAAGAACCGUGCCGAGGGGCGUCGCUCCUACAAGGCCUACUUGCGCCACCUGGGGGAGAUCUACAAGUCCUGCGCCGACUCCGACGACCCCAACUGUGUGGCUUCCCACACCACCAGGCCCAAACCAGAGCCCCCUAAACCUGCACCAGUAAAAACCUGCGACCCCACCAAAGACACCUACUGCCUGUACAUUGCUCUGGUCCAGGGCAAGAGCCCCUACCUGCCCCUGGUGCUCCCAGCUGCCACUCCCGCCCCGGCACCAGCCAAGGUUCCUGCCCCUCUGUACGUUCGCUCUGCUGCUCCAGCUAAAGAGCCCCAGUCAGGGUAUAUGUACUUCGCUCCAUCUGCAGUGUCUUUCCUCUCCAAGGAGCAGAAGGCCGAGCUGCUGCGUAUCUGCUCUGCUGAUGAUGUGGAGUGUCUGCAGUACCAUCUGAGAGCUGCCCACGGCUAUGCACCCUCCGCUGGGCCUCUCCCUUCAUAUGCCCACCUCGGCUGUGACCCCAAGAAAGACCCCACCUGCAAACCUAAAUUGGUGCAGAAAGCCCCUUCUGGUCUCUACCUGCAGUACCCCAACUGUGAUCCUCGGGAUCCCUUCUGUGCCUAUGCUGCCUCCCUUGUGGCUCCCCGUGCUCCUAACCCUCCUGCCCCUGCAGGCCCCGGAUCCUGUAACCCUCUUUUUGAAGAAGGCUGCAACCCUCUUACCGCCACCAGGUUUGCUACUCCCCCAGAGGCGUACAAAACCGAAGAAAAAGAAGAGGCCGCUGCUCUUCGUGUUGCUCCUCCUGCUGCUGAGCAGAACAGCGACCCCUAUUCCAUGUUUAGGGAUGCUUAUACUAAUGCUAACAGAGUCAAUGAUCAUUAUGCUGUGUACCGCCAGGCUAGCGCCCCGGCUUCUCCUCCUGCUAGCGACCCAUUUGCCAUGCUGCGCAGAUACAUGGCCCAAGCUCAGGCUAGUGACCCUUAUGCUCCACGCAUGGAGGCUGCUCCUGACUCCAACCCCAACGAUCCCUUCUCUGCUAUCCGUGAGGCGGCGGCUGCCAUGCAUCGCCGUGGCCCUCCCACCCCCAGGCAGCAGUUCCCGUUCUCCAAUCCCAGUUUUGAGGAGCCUCCCCAGGAGGAGCGCCACCCUCUGGGACCCCCAGGUAAAACCAAGGAAGGCUACGACUGCUUCAUUGGCUACGACCGCGAAUGCUUCCCCGUGAAGCCCACCGAGCCUCGCUCUGGAGUCCACCGCCGCAUCCCCUACCCCGCCGAGGCGUACGAGCCCCACCUGAACGCCGACGGAACCCGCAACGGAGUCCUGGAGCCCUCCAACCCACACUGCGACCCCGAGUACGACCGCGACUGCCGCCUGCGCCGCUUCGAGCCCGAGCAGACCCACGCCGACACCCAGCCUGAGCAUCACGGCGAGGAGCACAGCCAGGGAGCUGCAGAUAGCGAGCAGCAGGAACAGGAGCAGUACGACACGGAACCCUACCAGAGCGGCCAGGAGGAGCCUCACAUGUCCUACCAGCCACUCCCACAGGGGAUGCCCAGCCUCCAGGACAUACUGAGGCGCUAUGGAGACCAGUUCUCCGAGCAGGAUGAUCACAGAGCUUACGCAGACGACUACCGCAAGAAAUAAACACACUAACACACACAUGCAUGCAGAUGGACAUGAAUACACAGUCCCAUGCGUUCUUGCAGCGAGAAACCAGUUCUAACUGGACCAGAUAUGGGACACUGGUGAAGUUUAUGGACCCAAUGAGUGAGUACAUGUACGUACAUCCAAACAUAGCCUCCUGCUGUAGGAGCAUACUCAGAAACGAUGCUGGAACACCCUCGGCUUUCCAUGCCUUUUUUUGCUUCAGACCUGUUGCUUUGGCGUAUUGCUUUUCUACUUUCCAACUCCAACCUCCUCCAUCCACUCAAAUGUGUAAUGACUUCUCCAGCCUCAGCUCUGCUUCUUUAUCUAUGCAUCUCACUUUUAAAAGUUUGUUUGUGGGUUUUUUGUCCUUGGAUUUUAUGGAAAGAUUUUUUUUUUUCAUUUUGAAUGUUCUAAUAAAAAGCUCUAGAAAGCUG